CUCAGCAGUAACAUCCAGUGAUUGCUUUACUCUAUAAGUAAAAGCUGUCGAAGUUGCGGGUGUCUGGAGACGGGAAUCUUCAAUCGAACUUCCUACACAUCAUCCCAUGCAAGACUGGCUGCCUUCUGGUCCCUCCUCUAAUGAGGAUGAGGGCUUACCGUCAUCGAAACGACGCAAGUCAAUCUCUUCACCAUCUCACGACUUCGUUCUGACCGGUAUCAACUUUGGCAAUCAUGCGCGAUUGCAUCAAGGGAAUAUCAACAUAGAAACGGUUGAAAAUGUUGUUCUGGAGCAACUUACUCCCAGUGACAACGUGAUUGGUGAAAUACUUCGAUUAUUACCACCCAAACUUGACCAAGAUCUCAGUAUCCUAUGGAAGGACUGGUACGAUAAACAGUGCGUCGAUGCAUUUCGUUGGCUCUGGAGUGAGCCCCGCAUAAACCAUGCAAUACAUAAUGGGCAAAGAAUUUUGAACAUUGUUGAUGAGACUCAGUCAGCUCUUUACCCUGCCUUCUUAGCAAUCACAUCCGAGCUUUGGAAUCGCAUCUGUUCGAAAGACAACAGAACGACUAUUUGUUACAGUUCCAGCAGCGUUUGGCACAACAUCCACUUCGAAGGAGUUUUACAGAGUUUACUCGCAUCAUUGGUGUCACAAUAUGACCUGGUCGAUGAGUUGAGGAUUAUUCACUCACAAAUGCAAAAUCGUUCAUUCAACGCACUUUCAAUGGCUGAUAGGCUAAUUCAGUUGCUUUUUGCUCUUCUGCGGCAACGAAAAUCUUCUCGAUGCUUUGUUUUACUCGAAUAUUUGGAGAGGUUCGAUUUGGAGUAUCAGAGACGCAUUAUCGACCUAAUCAAUACUGAAGCAGCUGACCUUGAGGUCACAUGGGUACUGUUUUCAGAUACUGACUGCACUUCCUUUUUAUGUAGUACGACUGCAUCGUUUAUUCUCACCUUUGAUCAAGCCUUCGAAGGUCUGCAACUAAAUGACGUGUUUAAUACCAUCAGGUCAUGUCAGAAUUUGCUGAGUGAAAUCCAUACGAAGGCGGACCGAUUUCCUGAGCUACAGUACACUCAGCUGGGUCGAACAUGGCUCCAGUCCCGGAAAUCUUCAAUCCUCGUCUGCCAAAGAAUGGAGGCAGAUCUAAAGACAGCCGAACCUGCACAUUUACUGAACAGUCUCGAUAUAUCAAAGUUACUGUCCGAAUUUCAACAUCAACAUUAUACGUGCGCUUAUGUUUCUUUGAACAAUAGACCACAAUCUUUCGAAUUUACACAACACCACAUCUACGCCGACAUCUUUUUCCAAGUUGCCAACGGUAUCCAGAAUAAUAAAAUUCUCCAAGAGAGACUGUUGAAACUGGCUGCUAGAGACAGGGCUAGGCUUGUCUCAGCUACCAAGGGAAACCCUUCAGUCAAUGGAUGGCCCGACUUGUUUACCAAGUUCUCCACGUUUCCAAGGCACAAUAAUCAACUCGUCUUUCUACGGCUUUCUGCAAGGUUUCCUUUAGACUUCAUCACUCAUAUCUCGCAGUUGGGAUUCGAGUGGAAGGUGUUGGCUUCAAUUUCUUCCGCAGAUCACGGAGCUAUCUCAGACCGUUCCAUUCUCCCUAUCGUCAGCCUUGACAGCGAGUACAAUGAAUGCCUUGCAUCUCUUGCAUUUCAAGGAAUGGGUGAGGUUUGGCAUCAGAUUCGAGAUGCUUUGCCCGGAAGCAACGAAUGGAUCUGGUCCAACAGGACAUUUCGUAAGUGGUAUGAAACUUCUGGAUUGCUAUGGAUAUCUGGCACGCCGGGAAGUGGCAAGUCUGUUCUAUGUAAGACGAUCUUGCGCAGUUUCACUUCUCGGGUGCUAGAUUUCACCCAUGUUCACGCUUGGUUUUAUAGCGCCAGGGGGCUGGAAAGGGGAACUUUGCACUCAUACAUGCUGAGAGCCAUCUUGCGAUCAAUUCUUGAACGAAACCCCCAAGCUUUCAAAUCAUUCAAGAACCUUUAUCGCGCUCGCGUGCAGACUGAACAUCAUGUCUCCUGGAUUGAUGAAGAUUGCCAUGUCCUUGCCGAGGCCCUACGAGCAAUCGCCGUAAACGACACAACUCCACGUACUAUCUUGAUUCUAGAUGGGCUUGACGAGUUUCUUGGGAACCAAUCAGAUCCGUAUACAGUCCAGGAGUUCCUGGAGCUGCUUUCCUCCCUGGCAUAUACCAAGAACAGCCACAUAUGGCUAAUCGCUUGCAGUCGCCCAGUCCCCGAAUUUCGGUCUGAGUUUAUGGAGUGUUUCCAUAUAUCUAUUCACGAGAACAACUGUGAGGAUGUUUCAAUCUUUAUUGAAAAUGGAAUUUCGAAGCUGCGAGCAGCAUGGCCUCGACGUGAAAAGAAGCGAGGUGGUAAAUCGAGGCACUUGAACGCCUUCGCUCAACCGUUGCCUAUACAGCCAGAAAGACUGAGCUCUCAAGAAGAGUUGGAACUUGAAACGUUAAGACAAUACUUGACUUCACGAAGUUCGGGGUCGAUCAUCUGGAUAAAGCUUGUCCUUUCUGAAGUGGAACUUCUAAUUCGACGAAAAGAAGGAUUCACUCUUGAACAUCUUCGGGAGAAGGUCCAGUCAUUACCCCGAGAUAUCCACAACCUUUAUUGUGAGAUAAUCACUCAGUUAGGACUAGACCACAAUUCAGAAAAAGCAAGGAUGGCAGAAAAGAUAUUUUUAUGGGUGACAGGCUCUCGUGGAUGGGGCAUUUUGAAACUUCAGGAACUUCGAGAGGCACUGGCGAUACCAGGAAACUACCAACAGUGCACUACCAUGGCCGCUUUCGAUAAUCUACAGGUUAAUUGCCAUCAAAUUGGAGACGACUGGGAUUAUUUCUAUUCCAUUAUCUACUCUCACUGCGGAGGCCUCGUUGAAUUUAUGCCACCAGUGCGACUUGAUAACGCGACUACGAUUACACUUGAGGAGAUGAGCGGGGAUUGGACUGUCCAGCUGGUCCACCACACUGCAAAGUCAUUCCUUGAGUCCAAAAACAAGCCUUCGCAACUGCGAAUCGUCGACGCAGAUGCUGUUCAGUUCGUUGCCACACAAUCGGCAUGGUACUUGACUCUUAUCUUCCCGCCAGGGUGUUCGCGAGACAUCUUUAAUAUGACUGAUGACGAUAUUGACGGGGCAACACUGUCUACUGGCUCAUACAUGUCAACUACACUCGGUUGGGCAGAAUGUUUGAAAGGCUCGUCGUCGCCUCAGUCCAGCUUGAAUAUGCCAGUCUUGGUAAAACAGAACUUAUGGAGGCUGAUGCACCGUCUCAACUCAGCACCUCUACUUCUCUUUGUGCUGAACGUUUUGAGGAACAAUAAUGCCAGUACAAUAUGGUCUUUAGCAAAAGAGACACCUGACUUCCUCAUCUGGUGGCUCCGGUAUCUUCAAGUUCCGUCCGAAAAUGAAAGAACCGUCAGUGGUCUUUCGGAAUACUUGUGCAGCCCUGGCAAUAUGCGCAUUCUUUCCAUUUUGCUUCAGCUCAGAGAGAUUCUGGCCGAAGCUUCAACUUCAGUUCAUGACAUCUCGAGUGGUCCAUUAUACUAUACACAAGAUGAAUCUUCAUUCCUCUCUUGGCCUUGGCACGACCUGGACAGGUUCUUGACAGAACUUCCUUCUUGGACGGCUGGUCUACAUUAUCCAAGUUACAGUGAAUGCAAUCUUGCGAUUACUACGGAAAACGUGGAUGAUGCGAAAUGGGGCGAUCUGUGGAACGGUAGGGUUAUAAGAGAAGCUCGAGACUUAUGGAGCUCCCCGACCCCAAGUGAACCCCUCAAUUCGUCAGACGAACAUACACCCAGUCCGUUAGACGAUCUUACACUACUCGGAAGUAUAUCCUCUUAUGAUCGCCAACGAGAGUUUGAGGUUGCUUGUUGGGUUAAUGAGGCCCCAUUUGUUUUGGACAGAUUUUGAAACGGCGCCAACUAAGACUUUUGGUCAGGACAUACAAAAUGUAGAACAAAUCGAGUACCAUCGACAUUAUCGUGUCCAUCGAGAAGAAAGCCGGUUGCCCAGCCGGGGAAUGGGCUGCUCCUAUGCCAACCAUCAGACCAAACCGAAUAGACCCGAAAGUAGCAAGCUUCUGUUGUGAUACCGAUGCAGCAGCCGCGGUCCCUGUUGUUUGCGAUAAAAGACAGACAAUGACAACAUUAUGAUCUCCUACUCGGCCUAGGACAUAUAUAUUGUUGUCCUUUGAUCUUGCCGGCAAUGCUUGAUGUUGUUCAUCGAGCAUAGCCUUCGCAGCCGCCAACUCUGUAGGAAGCGCGCAUAUCCAACCCACGGUAUAGUCUCCAUAGUCGAAAAUGGCCUUGUCGGUCCACUGCUGAAGAGGUAACGUUAUAUCCGGCUUCAACGAGCGAGUUAGGUAGGUCCCACCGAGUUUGUGGAUUGCGGGGCAUCUGUAUCAGUAUUUUCGAUAUCUAUCAGAGGCGCAGUAUUAUUUUGACUUGGCAUUGCGGGACGGUAUAAGGUUGCUUUUUUUUUUUUCUUUUUUUGUGUGUGUGUGUGUCUGGCACUUGCAAUUUCCGUCAAAAAAUAUAGACAGAGGCGAGCUAUUCAAGGAUUUUUCCUUACCAAUGAUGAUAUGAAGUUAGUAGACUCGCGUGGCUGUUAAAAGCAUGUCAGCAAAACCCUCUUAGAGCCUGGAUGAGGCUCACGCCAGG